AUYAUGGCGGUAAGAUCCAAAAUGGCGGACAAAAACAACAAGAACAAAGAUUCUUUCUCUUCAAAAUAUUGAGCGAAAACCUUUGGUUUGAAGAAAAAUAUGUCAGAAGAAGGAUAAGAAAAGCAAUGGCCGGGGCAAGAUCAGAUUUGUUCAAAUGGAAGAGGCAAACUAAGCCUUCAUCGUUCAACAGUGGCAGUAACAUAAAGACUUGGAUUAAGAAUGUCCAACGAGCUUCAGACGAAGCAGCCCGGGAAGUGUUCGGUGAAGGAUAUCAUGGUGUUCUGGAUCAAGUUUACGCAGAUGAUGAUGCUCUAUCAGAAGCUCAAGAUCUUCUCAACUCAUGGGUACAAGAAAAAACCCUUAAAACGAUUGAACCUGAGCUGGAAUUUUAUGAUGAGAAGUGGGCAUUUCACCCUUUGACUCAACCAAACCCCAAGACAAGAAAACAAGAUCUAACUGCAUCAGGGAGUGAUUAUGCACUUGGUUAUGGGGCGUUGAAUGACAACCACACAUAUACAGAGUUGUCUUCACAGUUUCCAAAACUAGGUACAGGUAUUGAUUAUGAUGAGGAACUGGAUGAAGAAAUUGCAGUCCAAGAGGUUGUUCGUAAUAUGCUGGACAAGAAAGUAGUGAAGGAUGACUUCUUAAGUGAUUUAGGAUUUGAUAGCAAAAAGAAUAGAAGAGAUCCGAGAACCAAGAUGGAACUGAGACAUAAACAGGUAAGAGAAAAGAGUGAAAGUAGAAGACGAGACUUGGAGAAGGAGCGAAGAGAAAAAGCAGCGCAGAAAGAGGCACAGCGUCUUGCAAGACAGCAACUUCUACAAGAAGAGAAAGAAAGGCAAGUAAAGGCAAAGAGAGAGGAAAUGAAGCUGCAAAAGGAAAUGAAUAAAAUACGGAAAGCUAUGGAAGAGGAACAAAGAAUGAAGAAAGAGCAGAAGGAGAGGGAACAGCUCUUGGCAGCUGAAGCAAGGGCUAUGGUUCAGGAURAAAUGAAACAAGAACAGAAAAUAAAACAAAAAAAGCAAAGGGAAGAUAAAGAGGCAACUGAAGAAAUGAGAAGACUGUUACUCAAACAGAUGGAAGAGAAGGCUGCAGAGGAAGCUCGCAGCAACUUGAGGCUUUUCCAGAAGUAUUUUUCGGCCUGGUAUUCUGUGGUAGUGGACCAACGUAUCAAACUGGGUAAGGCUCGUGCCUUAGCUGAUUGGAAGAUGAAGUUAAGGGCUUGGAAUGCAUGGAAGGCUUAUAUCUGGCAUAUCAAAUCUGAUAAAGAGGCUCAGGCUGYUGCUAUGGAGAUGAAAGAAAAACACAGGAAAGAACAAUCGGCCAUACAUUUUUACCACAGACAUCUUCUUCACCGAUGCCUCAAUUCAUGGCAAAUAUUCGUACAUCAUUCUAAACAAGAACGAGAACUAAUGAAACAACAGGAACAGAAGGCUAACAAAAUGGCUGCACUUCUAGAAGCUGCAGCAAGUGGUAGGCUAUGGAAUCAAAAAGAAAAGAAAAUGAAAGAUAAUUAUGAGAUCGAUGACAGAAAUGCUGAGCUGUCAGUCCAAGAUGUAGAAGAUGAGGAGAUUCCACUUCCUAGUACAGCUAGGAAAGUGGAUGAAAUAUUUUCAGAAGGACCUCGGAAAGUAAACACUAGAAUCAUGAAUUCUGCCCGAAGCAGCUUAAACGAAGAACGUGUUCCAGGAAAACCCUUGACAAAUGCUUGGGGUAAGCCACCCAAUAAUAGAGAUAAAAACACAAGAUAUAGCCACAAACCUGCUUCAACUGAACAUGGCAAUGAUGUCCAAAGACUGCCUCGUACGAAACGAAGAACAUUGAGUCACGCAGACAAAGUGGAAGACCUGAGAUCAAAGUUAAAAGAGCGACAGUCAAAAAACAGCGACAAAAAGUUACUAACAAGGAGUAGAUCUGUCGAGAUGCUGGUGGAAAAGAAACCCAACACUCCCCACGGAAGAGGGGAUGGGUCUGCUAGUAACUUACACGUAAAGGAUAUUGACGGUAGAGAGGAAAUGGAGCUGUGGUCAGACUCGGAUACCGACAGAAGUUCAGUGUCUAAUAAUAAGCUUUUGUCCAGGGAACCAAAAAUCAAGUCAGAUAGACCUACCACGAAGCCUAUUCUCCUUGCAAUGGAAGAACGAGCAAGACUCAGGGCAGAACGAAAAGCAGCAAUUGAUGAAAGAAAAAGAAAACUCGAAGAAGAAAAACUGGCCAAGUUACGACUCGAACAAGAACGUAAAGAAUUAGAAUUUUUGAAAGAGAAGCAAGAAAUUAUGAAAAAGAAAAAAGAGGAAAAACGAUUGGAGCAAGAGAUGGAACUUGAAAAGAAGCGCCGACAAGAUCAUCUUCGAAACCUCAACUCCCUAGCAACCGAACACUUUAACAAAACCUUGAUGAUUAAGUAUGGUAUGUCGCCAUGGAAACAGCUGGUUGCUAUGGCACAUCAGAACUUCUCAAGUGCCGUGGAGCAUCAUGGUCAGGCACUAGUGAUCACGUGUUUUUACCCGUGGUUACAAUACACUAGACAAAACAAGGCCAGCAAGGAGGCGGCUGCUGACCAGCUUUAUCGGAAAAUAAUUUUAAGGCGAAGCUGGAGGUCAUGGCGUAAGUAUGGUCAACACAUGGUUCGUCUUGAUGCAGUCGCUGAAGAUUAUUGUGCGUCAUACCUUCUGAAAAGAUACUUCCAUAUAUGGCAAGACUAUGUAACCAAUGAACAGAUUGCAUUAUGGCAGAAAGAACAACAAGCUGACGAACAUAACCAAUGGCGUUUACAAAAGCUCGCCAUCACAUUCUGGAAAAAACUGAUUCCAAUGGUUGCAGCUGAACGUCAGAAAGAAAAGAGGAAACUAGAAAUGAGAAAAAGAGUGCAGGCCUGGUUACCAGACUUCCAGUCUUCACCUUUUGAUUCGUCGCCGUAGAAACGCGUAUUUAUGGUUAUUAGAUAAGUUCUUCAGAUAACUUAAAAGUGGGUUUUCAAGAUGGGCUCCCUGUGGUUUAUAUAACAACUAUGAUAUAAAAUAUUUAUUGCUAAAUCCAUUACAUUUUAAAUAAAUAUUUAAUACACACCGAAAAACAUUUGACCUGAAGAUGCCAAUAGUCAUAUUUUAAGGAAAAUUAUUUAAAAGUUUUUAAAAUGUUGACCAAAAAUGAGGUGUCAAAAAUCUGUUCUACGCUCCCUCGCUUUCCCGCCUUUUUCACCUUACCACGCUUUUUAAA